AUGCCAGCGUGUACGUUCAGGUCUUUUGAUGACCGGCGUCCCGUGAUGCAGUGGGCAGGCCUGCUGGCGCUUUGCGCUGUUCUACUCUCCGAACGUGUAUUAUCCGCGAGUAUCAUCUCGACCUUUUCGGACAGCAACUGUCAAGAUUCAGUCACCAGCUUGUACGGGCCAAAUGGGUAUCCCAAUGGGACAUGUACAGAUAUUCGGAGGAGCGGUCCGUACGGUAGCUUUCAGAUUGUAGGGCUUGAUCCAGGUUGCACAGUUACACUAUAUAUGUUUGACAACACGACGGAUAUCUGCGGGGGCUUCCAAGACGAGCAUACACAAAUCGCCGUCUGCUACAAUUCGACCUGGGCAUUUUACAGCAUCGAUUUCUGCGAUCCUGCCGCUGCAGGUUCGGGUAACUCGACGUCGUCGUCGAACUCCCAAAACAAUGGAAGCGGCUCCUCUAGCCAUACCGGCGCGAUCGUGGGUGGCGUGGUUGGAGGUGUGCUCGGUCUAGCUGCCAUAAUCGGCGCUACUGUAUACUUCACGCGAAGGAGCGUCACCAGGGCAAAUGCCGACGACGGACCGCCGGAGAAUACCAGGCCUCAUGUCAGCGAGAUGUUUUCAGAACACGCCAAGGAAUUGCCGGUCCAGCCAGAAGUUUACGAGAAGACUGCAAAUUCGGUUCGGCUGCCGCCCGUUGAACUUCCUGCUGAACAUUACGACAGGUAUAGAGUUCGGCCGAACACACCGCCUACAUGA